UGAAAAAAUUCACAAGAUCCGUUUACAAAGUUCUCAAGAAAAAACAACUUCUUCCCUCCUUUCCAUCACGUUUUUGUAUUGGACAACACAGCAAAGACAUUAAACCUGGACUAUGUGCAAAUUUAAAGAAAAAAAAGUCUUUUAGUCAGUCGCUUCGCAGUUCUGACCGGGAUUGGACGUAAAAUCAACGCAAAAGCUCUCAGCUAUCAAAUACAAAAGUUUGUUGUGUGGAAACCUCAAAGUGUAUUAGUGCUGAUAAAAAAUAGGCAUCAUGGCCUGGCUCUGGAUUGCUUUUGUGACAAUUAUUUGGCUCCUUCUUAAGUAUGGAAUAAGGAAUCAGAAUUUUUUCCUCGAUCGAGGAGUGAAGUUUCAUGAUCCUCUUCCUUUUGUGGGGAACUCUUUGAGAUUUUUCCUCAAUAAGGAGAACAUGAAGAGUCAUAUUCUGAAACUCUGCAAGAAAUUCCCGAAGGAAAAAAUUUUCGGUCAGUUUGAUGCCAUGAAACCAAUAUUGGUGGUACAAGAUCCUGAACUACUAAAGACCCUCACUAUAAAGGAAUUUGACCAUUUCACUGAUCAUCAACCAAUUGGUGUACGUGACAUUGAUCCUUUAUUCUCACACUCCCUAAUUAUGCUCGAAGGAAAUAAAUGGCGGGAAAUGAGAUCAAAUCUAAGUCCAGCUUUUACCGGAAGUAAAAUGCGUCUCAUGAGUGCUCUCAUUGUGGAGAUUUGUGAACAAAUGGUUGACUACUUGAAAACGGAGGCAAAGGAAAAAGGACCUCAAGCCUAUGAGAUGAAGGAAUUAUUUUCCAGAGUAGCCACAGACAUUAUUGGCACGUGUGCCUUUGGGAUCAAAGUUGAUUCACUGAAAGAGCGGGAAAAUAAGUUCUUUGUCACCGCCAGUAAAAUGUUUAAUACAACUUCGAUAAAACUCGCAUUUAAGUUAAUUGGCAUUAGAAUUUUUCCGUCUGUUAUGAAACUCUGUGGUAUUAAGAUCUUUGAUGAGAUUUAUAAAGGAUUCCUCAAAGAUUUGGUGUUGAGUAACAUGAAGACGCGUCAAGAGAAGAAUAUCGUACGUCCCGAUAUGAUAAAUCUUCUUAUUGAAGCUCAAAAGGGAACGCUUGAGCAGAUAACAACACCUGAAAAGGAUUCCGUUGGAUUUGCAACUGUGGAGGAAAUUCAAUCAGGACCAAUUGCGAAGAAAACUUCCUGGACAGAUGAUGAAAUUGUUUCUCAGUGUUUUAUCUUCUUCUUAGCUGGCUUUGAUACUUCCUCAACCGUCCUAUCUUUUACGACUUAUGAAUUAGCGAAAAGCCCAGAGAUUCAGGAAAAACUCUACGAGGAAGCCAAAGUUUUCCAUGACGAAUUAAACGGAAAACCCCUAAAGUAUGAGACUCUGCAGAAAAUGAAAUAUCUCGAUAUGGUUGUGUCGGAAGCACUGAGAAUGUGGCCACCAGCCCCAGCUACUGAUCGUCAAUGCACGAAGGAUUUAACAGUGGAGUACGAGAAAGGAAAAUCCUAUACUUUCCAUAAAGAUGAGAUAAUUAUGAUUCCCAUUGUGGGAGUACAUUUUGAUCCAGAAAAUUUUCCGGAUCCCGAAAAGUUUGAUCCUGAACGUUUCAGUGAUGAAAAUAAGGAUUCCAUCAAACCAAACACCUACAUUCCUUUUGGGAUAGGACCUAGGAACUGUAUUGGAUCCCGUUUUGCUUUGAUGGAAGUUAAAGCUAUGAUUUUCUACCUGAUUGUGAAUUUCCAUUUUGAUCUUUCGGACAAAACGGAUGUACCCAUGAUCCUAGCUGCAUCCUUCGUUGGGCUCAAGGCUAAAAAUGGCAUCUGGGUUAAAUUCCGCCCAAGAAAGUUUUCCAUUAUGUUCCUCUAUAUUUUCCUUGGACUUUUCCUCUAUUACGCAUACAAAUGGAUCACAGACAAUCAGAAUUAUUUUAAGGAUCGCGGAGUCCCCCAAGGAGAAAGGAACCUUGGAUUGGGGACAUUUUAUAAAAUUUUCUUCAACAAAGCUGGAGCACAGGAAGUAAUAAUGGAUUACUACAAUAGAUAUCCGAAUAAUCAAAUUGUAGGACUGUGGGAAAUGAACCGUCCCUUCUACUUUAUUCGUGAUCCUAAACUCAUGAAGAAAAUCACAGUCAAGCACUUCGAUAGUUUCCACGAUAAAGUUGCCAUAAUUGACGACAGAAUGGAUCCUUUCUUUGGAAAUUCUCUAAUUUUUCUCAAAGGACAGAAAUGGCGGGAAAUGCGAGCAACCUUGAGUCCAGCUUUUACUGGAAGCAAAAUGCGCCUAAUGUGUGAAUUAGUCGUUGAAAUUGGAGAGCAAUUGGUGGAAUUUCUCCACAAGGAAGCUAAAGAAAAAGGACCUCAGACGUAUGAUUUAAAGGAACUUUUUGCUCGCGUUUCAACUGAUCUUAUUGCAACCUGUGCCUUUGGAGUGAAAGUUGAUUCCCUUAAUGACAACCAGAAUGAAUUUUACUUAAAAGCAAAAGACCUUGCAGUAUUUAGCGCUAGGAAAAUGCUUAAGUUCUUUCUUUUUAGAGCUUUUCCCACUGUUAUGAUUGGUCUUGGCGUAAAAGUGAAUGAUAAGACGAGCAUGGAAUUUCUAAGUAAUUUAGUAACAGACUCAUUCAGGGUUCGUGAAGAGCAGAAGAUCAUUCGUCCUGAUAUGAUUCACCUCCUCAUGGAAGCUCAGAAAGGCAAAUUGAAUCACACAGGAGUCGAUAAGGACACCGCUGGUUUUGCAACAGUUGAGGAAUCAAGUAUUGGAUGGAAGAAAUCAUCAAAGACGUGGACAGAAACUGAAAUUGUAGCUCAGUGCUUCCUCUUCUUGAUGGCAGGAUAUGAAACAGUGUCCACUGUUGUUACAUUUGUCUGCUACGAACUGGCUAUCAAUCCGGAUAUUCAGAAGAAGCUUUACGAAGAGAUAAAGCAAACAGACAAGGAAUUGAAUGGGAAACGCCACACUUACGACACUUUACAGAAGAUGAAGUACCUCGAUAUGGUUGUAUCGGAGAUUUUACGAAAAUGGCCUCCAUCGCCUUUUAUCGAUCGAACCUGUAACGAAGAUUUUACAAUUGAACUGAAUGAUGGGAAGAAAUUUACAUUUGAGAAAGGAAAUAUUAUGUGGUUUCCCCUUCAUGCCUACCAUCGUGACCCGAAACAUUAUCCAGAUCCUGAGAAAUUCGAUCCUGAACGUUUCAGUGAGGAGAAUAGAUCUUCUAUCGAUCCCAAUACAUAUAUUCCCUUUGGAUGUGGCCCCAGAAAUUGCAUUGGAUCACGUUUUGCCUUGAUGGAAAUCAAGUCUAUUCUCUACAAACUUAUUCUAAACUUUUCUGCUGAAGUAACGCCAAAAACCCAAAUUCCAUUGGUUCUGGCUAAAUUAGUCUCAGGACUGCAGGGAGAGAAAGGAAUUCAUGUGGAAUUUAGGCCAAGAAAUUAAUUGAAAAAAUAUUUUUAUGUGAGAAAACCUCUAAAGCUGUAUUAUAUCUAAGAUUUCAAUCAUAUUUAACAAAUUUUAAGCUUCAUUUCAUCAUCUUUCUUUCAAAAUAAAAAAAAAUGCUAUGUAA